AUGGCGGCCGCUGUCGGUAGAAUUUGUGGGGCACGACUUUUGAAAAAUUAUGGCUUAGUUGCACCCCAGGUUUGUCAGCUGUCCACCAAUACUCAAGGAUGGACAAGGAAUAGAAAACUGCUCCUGUCAACAUUAGGUGUUAUAGGUGGUGGGGCUGGUGCACUACUUUUUGCCCUUGAACAGUCUGUGCAAGCUUCUGGUACUGAAGCUCAUCCUUACCACCAACCUUGGAGCCACAGCGGUUGGUUCCAAUCACUUGACCAUGCCAGCGUCCGCCGUGGUUAUGAAGUGUACAAACAAGUGUGCAAGGCAUGUCAUUCACUGCAAUAUAUUGCCUUCCGAAACUUGGUUAAUGUCACCCACACUGAAGAUGAAGCUAAAGCUGAAGCAGCAGAAGUAAUGAUCAGAGAUGGACCAGAUGAUGAAGGAAACUACUUUGAUAGGCCAGGCAAGCUUUCAGAUUACUUCCCAUCUCCAUACCCCAAUGAAAAUGCUGCCAGGGCUGCCAACAAUGGUGCCUAUCCUCCGGACUUGUCGCUCAUAUGCUCAGCCCGUAAGGGUGGCGAGGACUAUAUCUUCGCACUGCUAACGGGCUACACCGAACCGCCCGCAGGCGUCCCACUCCGUGAAGGACAAAGCUACAACCCAUACUUCCCAGGCGGAGCUAUAUCUAUGGCACAAGCGCUGUUCGAUGACGCUGCUGAAUACAGCGACGGUACACCAGCAACUUCAUCUCAAAUGGCAAAGGAUGUCGCUACCUUCCUGCGAUGGUGCUCAGAGCCUGAACUCGACGACCGCCGACUCAUGACCAUCAAAGCCAUCGGCAUCUUCUCCACACUAGCUGCCAUUGUCUACUACUACAAACGGCACAAGUGGUCUACGAUAAAAUCCAGGAAGCUAGCAUACAAACCAGUAUCUAAGAAGUAA